UCUCUCUCCAUAACCGACUGAUCAUCUCUCUCUCUCCUAAUUACUUCAUUUCCUCUCUUUAUUCUUUUUUUUUCUCAUAUGAAUCAUCCAAAUAUGUGAGAAAUAAAAAAAAAAUCAAAAACAAAAAAGGUGGUUGAGAGAGAGAGCUUAAGCUUGGUGUAGCCAUUAAUGGGGUAAUUACUCAAGAAAUCUUCAAAAGGAUUCAUCAUCAUCAUCAUCAUCACCAUCAUCAUCAACAAGGAAGAAGAAGAAGAAGAAGAUACAAAGCCAAAAAGAGAAAAAAGAGUUCAACUUUUUUAAUGGCUUCUUCCAAUAUUAAAAACAGCUCCAUCAUCAUCCAACAAGAAGAAGAAGAAGAAAAACAACAACUUCAUCAUCAUCAUCAACAACAACAACAACAACCUCAAUUUCUUCAAAAUCCAAGCUUUGUCAUACCAUCAAACUCAAAAAAUUCCUCAUUAUUCAAUUUCCAAAACCCCAACUUCUCUGAUCAUCAUCAACACCACCAUCAUCAUCAUCAAUUGCCUUUCUCCAUGAAUCUCCCUUCCAUCUCUUCAAACUUCUUAAGCAAAGAUGGAGGAGGAGAUGAUUUGGGAGAAUUGGAUCAAGCUCUUUUUCUCUAUCUUGAUGGACAAGAACCCUCUUCAACCACUACUCAAGACCAAAGACAGAGUUCGGGUAUGAGACCUCCGACGUUGAAUAUCUUCCCGUCGCAGCCGAUGCAUGUCGACUCAUUACCAAUAAAAGGAAAUACAACAUUGAUAAACCAUGGUGGUGAUUCAAAGAUCAAAGCAUCUGAGCCGUCCAAAGAGUUGGCCAACCAACGCAGCAAUGGAGGAGCCAUUGCAUCUGCUCCAGCUCCAACCCAAACUACAACUACAACCGAACCUCAUCCCAAACCUCCUAAACGUGAGUCAAGCAAAAAAGGGCUCACCUCAAGUUCCGAGCAAGAAGGACCCAAAACUCCGGACCCUAAGACCUUAAGAAGAUUAGCUCAAAAUCGAGAAGCUGCUAGAAAAAGCAGGCUGAGAAAAAAGGCAUAUGUUCAGCAAUUAGAGAUGAGUAGGAUUAAGCUGACGCAGCUGGAACAAGAGCUACAAAGAGCAAGAAAUCAGGGCAUGUUUUUGGGUGGAGGAGCCGCCAUUUUAGGAGGACCUGACCAAGGACUUCCCUCCGGCUUCCAUAACCUCAGCUCCGAUGCUGCGGUGUUUGACAUUGAGUACGGGAGGUGGCAAGAGGAACACCACCGGUUGAUGUGCGAGCUACGAGCAGCGGUGCAAGAGCACCUACCGGAGAACGAGCUGCGGUUGUACGUUGACAGCUGCCUAGCCCAUUACGAUGAGGUUUUGAACUUGAAGAUGAUGGUGGCUAAAUCGGACAUAUUUCACCUUGUGUCCGGCAUGUGGAAGACUCCGGCGGAGAGAUGCUUCAUGUGGAUGGGCGAUUUUAGACCCUCUGAGCUCAUUAAGAUAAUAAUGGGUCAAAUAGAGCCAUUAACAGAACAUCAAAUAUUAAACAUUUGUGCAUUGCAACAAUCAACACAAGAAAGUGAAGAAGCAUUGUCUCAAGGACUUGAAGCCCUAAAUCAAUCAUUAUCAGACACCAUCACCUCUGAUUCAUUGAGUAGCCCUCCAAAUAUGGCUAACUAUAUGGGCCAAAUGACAUUAGCCAUCAAUAAGCUCUCUACUCUUGAAGGCUUUGUAAGACAGGCAGACAACUUGAGACACCAAACGGUUCACCGAUUGCAACAAAUGUUGACAACUCGACAAGCAGCAAGAUGUUUGUUAGCCAUUGCUGAGUAUUUCCAUAGGCUUCGAGCUUUGAGUUCCUUAUGGUUGGCUCGUCCAAGGUUGCAGUGAACGAAAAAAAGACCAUAGAAGUAUAAGAUAAAUAGAUAGACACAAGAAAAUUAGUUUUGUUUUUCUUUUUGAAUUCAUCUAGCAUACCUAGGGGAGGAUUUGAAUCUAUCCCAUUUUAUAGUUAAAAGGUAUAUAUGUAUUUAACUGAUUGAGUUACGCUCAUGUUGACAUAAAAUAAUAUUUUUAAUUACGAAGUUCUCUCAAACACCGUUGGAAUGAAUAUAAUUGUCAAUGUUUACUUUUUA